UGUUGCGUGUGUAAUUAGUUAGAGAUACAUUCUUUCCCUUGGCCUUUAGGGUUCUAUCUAUUACUAUAUAUUAAUGCAAUCCUUUCUCUGCUUUCAUUCUAAUCUCAAAAUCCAACAUGGAACUUGUUAAGAUUUCCUUUACCGUUCUCCUUCUUUCUUUCCUCCUCCUCUUCUCCGUCUCUGUCUCUUCUUCAUCGUCCGACGGCGAUGAUGCCGUGAUCCGGCAGGUGGUUGAUGGAGGAGCCGAGCCCAAUGUUUUAACUUCCGAGCAUCACUUUUCUGUGUUCAAGAGCAAGUUCGGAAAGGUGUACGGUUCGAGGGAGGAGCAUGACUACAGAUUCUCCGUAUUCAAAGCGAAUCAGAGGAGAGCGAGGCGUCACCAGAAGAUGGAUCCCUCUGCUCGUCACGGCGUUACACAGUUCUCGGAUCUGACUCGAUCUGAGUUCAAGAAGAAGCAUCUCGGUGUCAGAGGAGGGUUCAAGCUCCCCAAAGACGCCAACAAGGCUCCCAUUCUCCCUACCGAGAAUCUCCCUCAGGAUUUUGAUUGGAGAGAUCACGGAGCCGUCACCCCCGUCAAAAACCAGGGAUCAUGCGGCUCUUGCUGGAGUUUCAGCGCCACAGGAGCUCUUGAAGGCGCUAACUUCCUCUCUACCGGCAAACUCCUCAGCCUUAGCGAACAACAGCUCGUUGACUGUGAUCAUGAGUGUGACCCAGAUGAGGCCGGUUCAUGCGACUCUGGUUGCAAUGGUGGCCUCAUGAACAGCGCUUUUGAAUACACCCUCAAAUCCGGAGGCCUCAUGAGAGAACAAGACUAUCCUUACACCGGCGAGGACGGCUCCGUCUGCAAGUUGGACAAGUCCAAGAUCGUUGCCUCUCUCUCCAACUUCAGUGUCAUCUCCAUCGACGAAGACCAGAUUGCUGCCAACCUUGUUCAAAACGGACCUCUUGCUGUUGCCAUCAACGCUGCCUAUAUGCAGACUUAUAUUGGCGGAGUCUCUUGCCCUUACAUUUGCACCAGGAGGCUCAACCACGGUGUCUUAUUGGUUGGUUACGGCUCCGCUGGUUAUGCCCCGGCUAGGUUCAAGGAGAAGCCUUACUGGAUCAUCAAGAACUCAUGGGGUGAGACUUGGGGUGAGAAGGGUUUCUAUAAGAUUUGCAAAGGCCGUAACAUUUGUGGCGUUGACAGUCUUGUCUCCACCGUUACAGCCGCCGUCUCUACCACCGCACAUUAACUAAGCCAAAAAAGAGGCUUUCAUUUAAUAAAUCUAGUGAUUUGUCAUUUGUGUGAGCGAGCACUCUUUGCCUUGACUCUCUGUUUCUCUCUGCUUUUUUUAAAAACAAAGAUGGAAGUUUGUAAAUAAAUUGCAUCCUCUUUUGAGCAAA